UGCCCAUCAGUGCCACAUCAAUGCCACAUAUCAGUGCCUACCAGUGCACAUCAAUGCCACCCAUCAGUGCCAGUCAUUGCCACCUAUCAGUGCCAGUCAGUGCCGCCUAUCAGUGCCAGUCAGUGUGCCUGCCAGUGCCCAUCAGUGCCGCCUAUCAGUGCCCGCCAGUGCUGCCUAACAGUGCCAGUCAGUGCCACCUAACAGUGCCAGUCAGUGCCGCCUAUCAGUGUCGCCUAUCAGUGCCAUAUAUCAGUGCUGCCUUUCAG